AUGAAAAUCCAAAUUAUUUCUGAAGAAAUCAUCAAGCCCAUUGAUCCAACACCUCAGCACCGAAAAACCUAUAAGCUCUCUGCGAACGACCAGAUUUCUGCUUUUUUAGCGGAUGUCCCUGUCAUUCUUUUUUACUCGCCAACCAAAGAAAUUUCCAGCAAAAAUUCUGACCACCUAAAGAAAUCCUUCUCUAAAGCAUUAACCCUCUUCUACCCUUUUGCCGGACGAAUAAAAGAUGAAUUAUCCAUUGAUUGUAACGAUGAUGGAGCCACUUAUAUUGAAGCCCACGUAGCAGGCAACAUGUCCGAGAUAGUUGAACAGCCAGACAUUCAUCAAUUAGAGCAGCUGCUGCCAUGCAAGCCUGAUGAAAACUUACUUCAUCAAACCAGCAGGGUAAUGCUAGCAGCCCAAGUGAAUUAUUUUGAUUGUGGUGGGAUAGCAAUCGGAGCUUGCAUUCGCCAUCGAAUAGGUGAUGCCUCAUCUUUGGCAAGCUUUGUUAAAUGUUGGGGUGCAAUUUCUUGUGGUGUUGAUGAUAAUAAUGUUGAUGGAGUGGUUGUCGAUUGCGCCUCAAUCUUCCCUCCACAAGAUUUGUCAGGCUUAUCAUUAGUGCGGGAUUUCAUAACAGAGAAUUCGGACAGUAAAACUGUGAAAAGGUUCGUGUUUGAUGGUCCUAAGAUAGCUGCACUAAGAGGAAAGUUGAGCAACGGACCAUAUUUAGAUCGUCCAACCCGGAUUGAGGUUGUAUCUGCCCUUAUUUGGGGUGCUUUUGUUGGAGAAGAAAAUGAGUCUAAAAAGGUAAAUAAAAUGGCAAUGCAUGCCGUGGAUUUGCGGAAGAGAUUGGAUCCACCCCUGCCAAAGCAUUCUAUGGGAAAUAUAAUCCAUGCGGCUGUGGCAAACUGGCCAACAAAAGAGGUCGACUAUAACGGUUUAGCAGGAAAAAUUCACGAUUCAAUAAGCAUGAUCAAUAAUGACUAUGUUAAUGAGGUUUAUGCAGAUGGUGCGUACUUCAAUCUUAUAAGACAGAGAAUGGAGAAGAUUGCAAAGGAUCCCAACAACUGUAGUACAUUUAUGUUUACUAGUUGGUGUAGAUUUCCACUUUAUGAGGUUGAUUUUGGAUGGGGAAAGCCCAUUUGGGUAGGCACUGCGAUAUGGGUUACUCCAAAUGGUGCGAUCCUCCUAGAUACAAGAGAUUGCGAGGGAAUAGAAGCAUGGGUGACGUUAUCCAAAGAAGAAAUGGUCAAGUUUGAACAAAAACCUGACAUUUUAGCCUAUGCUUCUUUCUGUCCAACCAUAUGA